UCCCGUUACCUCAAGAAGGUCAACAGAAGGCAGCAUGGAACGUGAUACGGACAGCAUAUCCAUCUGUAGAUAUAUUUGUGAGCUAUGUGGGACAUUUGAGAACUUAAAAGUGUGUGGAAAGUGUAGGUCAACGUACUAUUGUUGUCGAGAACACCAGAAAAGUCACUGGAAAGUACACAAGAAGCAAUGCUCCUCGUUUGUUCAAACGGAGGGGCAGCACCCAAGACUCUCGUCUUCUCAAGGGAAUGCGGGAAGUCGAACGAAAAUAGAUUUGAGUUCUAAUUGUAGGUCAAUCGCCGUGAAUAACAGUACGGGACAAUCGUCACGUCAACCCUUGCUCACUAAUGACGAUGCUGGGCAUCAGUUCGCGUCUAUGAAUAUUCAUGAGGGCGAUGAAACGUAUAAAUCCGAAGAAAAUUUACAACAAGAACAUUUCACUGGUGCUGUGGAUUCUAACACUAACAGUGUAGUCGAUGUUAAAGAAUUAACACCCUUUCUGAAUACUUAUGGUGCAGACCCUGAUCCAAGCCUUGACACUGUCAGCAAUAUGGCACCUUACGACACAUUUGCCAUAGAUCUUCAGAGACAACAACAAGAACGAAACCGACAGGUUGCUGAACUGGUUGUGAAAGAUUUGAAUGACUUUGGAAUAUGUGUAGUAGACAAUUUCUUAGGCCAGAAGGGUGAUCAGGUAUUAGCUGACGUGAAGAAGCUUCAACAAAGUGGUGUAUUUCAAGAUGGACAGCUUGUUGUAUCGCGGAAUGAAACGGCAACUGUUAGGGGAGACAAGAUAACGUGGGUAGAAGGGACAGAAACUGUGUGCCAGAAUAUUGGAGACUUGAUUUCAAAUAUGGACACUGUGCUUAUGCACUGCGGUGAUCGUUUAGGCAAAUACCACAUUAAUGGUAGAACAAAGGCAAUGGUUGCUUGCUACCCAGGUCAUGGCACAGGCUAUGUCAAACAUGUCGAUAAUCCUAAUGGAGAUGGAAGAUGCAUUACCUGUAUUUAUUACCUGAAUAAAAAUUGGGAUCCCAGUGUCGGAGGAACGCUCAGAAUUACGCCUGAUGGAUGUUCAGGGGUUGCCAAUAUUGAACCAAUAUUCGACAGAUUAAUAUUUUUCUGGUCAGAUCGAAGAAAUCCACACCAAGUGAUGCCAUCAUACAGUAGAAGAUAUGCAAUAACAGUGUGGUAUUUUGACGCAGAGGAACGAGCCAUGGCCAGAAGGAGGCUAAAACAGGGAGGAAGACUCUUGGAGGCAACGAAUCCCAAAGAAACAUCAGUUCCAUUGAAUCUGAAGAAGAACAGAAACAUCCCUUGAGAUGUGGUGACAGCCGAGAUGUGGUUGUUGACGAAAUUGGCUUUCAGUUGAAAGUUACAUUGCACACAGACAACACACUAUUGUGGUUCAUCUGAGGGUCCCUGAUGAAAUUUCCUGGAUUGGAUUACUACAGUGAUUCAUUACAUUAAUUUACAUAAGAUGGGCAACAAGACACAUACAGAUUCAAUCAGGAGAUAUCGUACAGAGUGACCCCAUGAUUAUUCUCUUGCCUUGCUAUAAGAUAGCAGAAAUAUAAAUUUGAAAUGUAUAUGAGACAUUCGCAGUGAAUUUUUCAUUUGUUGUUAUUGUUGUUUUCAAUGCCUGUCUACCUCUGCAACGCAGUGAAACAGCUGGCGGUGAAAUCUGAAAUGGUUACGUAUAUAGGCCAUUUGAUUUGUCAUUUUAUUUAAGUUAAAGUCAUAUCGUCAUUUUGUUUAACUGAGAAUGAUAAAAUUUGCACUUUUGGGUUCGGUUCGGUGUGUGCAUUUGUGCAAGUUACAAUGAAAAGAGAGAAAGUGGAGGCUUUUUGUUGUUGAUGGUGCUUUAACUUCUAGUCUCUGUAACCAAAAAAUGUAUUAGUUCAGCAAGGGGCUUCCAGACCAUUGUAGCUGCUUAUUUAUUUAUAUCAUUUUGUCUUGUUGCCUCAGUCUACAUACAAAGUAAGGCAUCAGCUCCAUACAUUUGGCAUUGGACUAGGAAAAAGGUGAAUUUUCAAACAUACUAGUUGAAAAUUUUAGAACUUGUUUUAGAUUUUUUUAAUAGACCAAAGAUUAUAAUCUAUAGACUGAUUUAUCUCCAGACCAGUCUACUUUGAUGAAGACUAAUAGUAUUUUGAGGUAUUUUAAUGCAGGUGACCAGUGAGCUGAUGACUGUAUUACACUGACUGUUGCUUUACAUAAAAGUUUUUAUGUAAAAAUAAUCAAUAAGAUAUUCUGACAUUCUGUAUUAUCAUCCAGCUAGUCUGUGAAUCAUUGUCAUUAUUUGUCAUUUGUUUCAUGUAUCAUAUUUUUUUAAAUCAUCUUUAGGAUGUUAAAACUUAAAAUUGAAAAUUUAAUUACAUUUCCAUUAGACUUCAGUAUCUUAGGGGCAUUGAUGUUAUUGAUUAAAAAUAGGAUUGUUCCUGUAUAAUGGGGCAGAUGUAUACCAGCAAUAAAAGUAGAGGGAAAGAUUUGUGACAAAAACUGCGAGGAAUAGUCGUAUAUAUAUUACCAUACAUUGUAUUCAGCAAUUCAGGUAUCGUGUCACAGCAAAUACAUUUUGAACAGUUCGACACUAGUUGAUCGUCUAUAGUUUUCUAUUGUUUGUGUGAUUUUUGGCAUCUCAUAAAUUCUUCACUUCUUACAGAAUUUAAAGUUGUAAAUCUUCUUUUCUUGGUCAAAGAUUAUCUAUUUAGUCUCACAUAUGAGAACCUAUUAACAGUAACGACAAAAGAAUUGAGAGCACCAUAACUACAUGAAUUAUUUAAAGAGUAGAUGAUAUUUUUGAAUUUAUUGAUAUGUCUGAAGAUCAUAUCACCCCCUAUGUGUAGAAGUGGCCCAGCAAGGAGCAUGUGCUUUGCUAAGUUAAUUUAGCAAGGAAGGAUUACUUUUGGAGUAUUUCUUCCUUUAUUUUUUGUGAGGUGUUUAUUUUUAUUUAUUUAUUUUUGCAAAAUGAUAAAGAUGUAAUGUACAGGAGAGGGAUUUUCUAAUUUUUUUUUAGCAUUCUCUUGCUCCCUCCCUGUGAAGAGAUUAUUUUUAAAGAAAUGUUUCAAGUUGAGAACUGCCCCAUAUAUUCCAAUAAGUCCAGUUUGAGGGUGUCAAGAAUGCGACACUGCAGUCAAGAGGCUGGUUAAACACGUGAUCAGUUAAUAAGAGACCUUGUGCAGAUAAGACCUUAUCACUGAAUUACAGUUGAUGUAAACAUAAAUAUAUACUGUGCAAUAAUACCAUUUCCACUACCUAUAUUUUAAUACAAACCAUUGCUUUGUGAAAGUAAAUUGUUGUAUGAAGAUUGUACACAUAAUAGACGUUCAGUCUUCAGUGUCUUUGAAAUCCAUGUACAUAUUAAUGUUUAA